UUUUAAUCAUCGCAGCGCUGUGUGUUAUGGACGGGGAAGCUGUACUGUGCUCUGCACUUCCAAGGGGAUUUCUCUGCAAGGUCUCCGGGCAAUGGCUGAAAUGCCCACAGCAAGCUGAGGUGCUGCCCUUCCGCUGCUCCUGACUGAGCAAAGGAGGCUUCUAGCAGGCUCCAGAGCUGGAAAAUCCCUCUGCAUUGAGGCUGCAACAUAAAAUGCUCAGCUCAGCCCUGCUGUGAAUCGUGGGCUCUCCAGCUCAGCACCCCGGGCUCAGCAUGCAAACUGUGCACUGCCAAGCACGGCAUGGGCACGUGUCUGGCUGCGGGUCCUGUCUAUCACAGUGGAUAAACCUGAUUAAGCAGAAGGCAUCUCAGUGCCACGUGAUGCCUCCCUCGUUACUCUGCACCAUAAACAGCAGGCUGAUGCUGCAACCAGCUUUCUGAGGGCUGCGAGAUCUGGGAACCUGGACAAAGCCUUGGAUCACCUGAGGAAUGGGGUAGAUAUUAACACCUGCAAUCAGAACGGACUGAACGCCCUGCAUCUGGCCUCCAAAGAAGGCCACGUGAAGAUGGUGGCUGAGCUGCUGCACAAGGAAAUUGUUUUAGAAACGACAACCAAGAAGGGGAACACGGCCCUGCACAUCGCGGCCCUGGCGGGACAGGAGGAUGUGGUCCGGGAGCUGGUGAACUAUGGGGCAAACGUCAACGCUCAGUCGCAGAAAGGCUUCACGCCCCUCUACAUGGCAGCACAGGAAAAUCACCUGGAAGUCGUCAAAUUCCUGCUGGAGAGCGGUGCCAACCAAAAUGUAGCCACAGAGGAUGGCUUCACGCCGCUGGCCGUCGCUCUGCAGCAGGGGCAUGAGAACGUGGUCGCCCACCUCAUCAACUAUGGGACGAAGGGGAAGGUCCGUCUUCCCGCCCUGCACAUUGCUGCCCGCAACGAUGACACCAGAACGGCCGCGGUGCUUCUGCAAAACGACCCCAACGCUGAUGUCCUCUCCAAGACCGGAUUUACUCCCCUGCACAUUGCGGCUCACUACGAGAACCUCAACGUGGCCCAGUUCCUGCUGAACCGCGGUGCUAGCAUCAACUUCACCCCACAGAACGGGAUUACUCCACUGCAUGUGGCCUCCCGCCGGGGCAACAUCAUCAUGGUGCGGCUGCUGCUGGACCGAGGGGCCCAGAUAGAGAUAAGGACCAAGGACGAGCUGACUCCCCUGCACUGUGCAGCCAGGAAUGGACACGUGCGAAUCAUGGAGAUCCUGCUGGACCACGGGGCUCCCAUCCAAGCAAAAACCAAGGCUGUUCCCUGCCCUCAGAACGGCCUGUCACCCAUUCACAUGGCGGCUCAGGGAGACCACCUGGACUGCGUGCGGCUGCUGCUGCAGUACAACGCUGAGAUCGAUGACAUCACGCUGGACCACCUCACGCCGCUGCACGUGGCCGCGCACUGCGGGCACCAUCGCGUGGCCAAGAUGCUGCUGGACAAGGGGGCCAAGCCCAAUGCCCGAGCACUGAAUGGCUUUACGCCCCUGCACAUCGCCUGCAAGAAGAACCACAUCCGGGUGAUGGAGCUGCUGCUGAAGACCGGUGCCUCCAUCGAUGCUGUCACAGAGUCUGGCUUGACCCCUCUGCACGUGGCCGCCUUCAUGGGGCACCUGUCCAUCAUCAAGAUCUUGGUCCAGCGCGGCGCGUCCCCCAACGUCUCCAAUGUGAAGGUGGAGACACCCCUGCACAUGGCGGCCAGAGCUGGGCACACGGACGUGGCCAAGUACCUGCUGCAGAACAAAGCCAAAGUAAAUGCCAAAGCCAAGGACGACCAGACCCCAUUGCACUGCGCCGCACGCAUUGGCCACACGAGCAUGGUGAAGCUUCUGCUGGAGAACAACGCCAACCCCAGCCUGGCCACCACAGCCGGGCACACCCCCCUACACAUCACUGCCCGGGAGGGGCAUGUGGACACCGCCCUGGCACUGUUGGACAAGGAGGCCUCGCAGGCCUGCAUGACCAAGAAAGGAUUUACCCCUCUCCACGUUGCAGCCAAAUACGGGAAGGUGGACGUGGCCAGAGUGCUGCUAGAGCAUGAUGCCCACCCCAAUGUGGCAGGGAAGAACGGCCUGACCCCGCUGCACGUGGCUGUCCAGCACAACAACCUGGAGAUUGUGAGGUUGCUGCUGCCCAAGGGGAGCUCCCCUCACUACUCGGCCUGGAACGGCUACACCCCCCUGCACAUUGCGGCCAAGCAGAACCAGCUGGAGAUGGCCAGCAGCCUGCUGCAGUAUGGGGCCUCUGCUAAUGCUGAGUCCAUGCAAGGCGUGAUGCCUCUGCACCUUGCUGCCCAGGAGGGGCACGCAGACAUGGCGGUGCUGCUCAUCUCCAAACAGGCCAAUGGGAACCUGGGCAACAAGAGUGGCCUGACUCCUCUGCACCUGGUAGCCCAAGAGGGUCAUGUGCCAGUCGCGGAUGUUCUGAUCAGGCAUGGCGUCACAGUGGAUCCAGCAACCCGGAUGGGCUUCACCCCGCUGCACAUAGCCAGCCAUUACGGGAACAUCAAGCUGGUGAAAUUUUUGCUGCAGCACCAGGCAGAUGUCAAUGCAAAGACCAAGCUAGGGUACACCCCUCUGCAUCAGGCCGCGCAGCAGGGUCACACGGAUAUUGUCACGCUGCUGCUGAAGCACGGGGCCUCUCCCAACGAGGUCAACACGAAUGGCUCCACGCCUCUGGCCAUUGCUAAGCACCUCGGCUACAUCUCUGUCACAGACGUGCUAAAAUUAGUUACAGAAGAAACCAGCAUCCCGAUGGUCAGUGACAAGCACCGCAUGAGCUUCCCUGAGACAGUGGAUGAGAUCCUGGAUGUGUCCGAGGACGAAGGCUCUGCUCAGGUCACGGCCAUGGGAGAGGAGCUGGCUGACCUCAGGCCUGAGAAGCAGGAUUCCAGGGAGCAGGAUGAGGAGAAGGAGAUAGAGAUUGUCCCCAAGCUGGAUCAAGUGGUGGAGUCUCCAGCCAUCCCGUGGAUCCCCUGCGUCACACCUGAGACCAUGGUGGUCAGACGGGAGGACUCUGAGCAGCCGUCCAAGGAGUUUGACGAAGACUCCCUAAUCCCCAGCAGCCCCGCGACAGAGACCUCAGACAACAUCAGCCCGGUGGCGAGCCCCGUGCACACAGGGUUCCUGGUGAGCUUCAUGGUGGACGCCCGUGGUGGCUCCAUGAGGGGCAGUCGACACAACGGGCUGCGAGUGAUAAUCCCCCCCCGAACCUGCGCCGCGCCCACCCGCAUUACCUGCCGCCUGGUCAAGCUGCAGAAACUGACAACUCCACCGCCCCUGGCUGAGGAGGAGGGUCUGGCUAGUAGGAUCAUCACACUGGGGCCCAUUGGCGCCCCGUUCCUGAGCCCUGUGAUUGUGGAGAUCCCACACUUUGCGUCGUAUGGGCGGCAGGAUCGGGAGCUAGUGGUGCUGCGCAGCGAGAACGGCUCCGUCUGGAAGGAGCACCAUAGCCGCUACAACGAGAGCAACCUGGACCAGGUGCUCAACGGCAUGGAUGAAGAGCUGGAGAGCCUGGAGGAGCUGGAGAAGAAGAGGAUCUGCCGCAUCAUCUGUACCGAUUUCCCCCUCUACUUCGUGGUUAUGUCCCGUGUCUGCCAGGACCGCGACCUGAUUGGCCCCGAUGGGGGGUGUUUGAAGAGUACACUGGUUCCCAUGGUGCAGGCCACCUUCCCGGAGACAGCUGUCACCAAGGGAGUCAAACUGGCUCUGCAGGCGCAGCCCGUCCCGGAUGAGCUGGUGACAAAGCUGCUGGGGAACCAGGCGACCUUCAGUCCCAUUGUCACUGUGGAGCCGCGCCGCAGGAAGUUCCAUCGGCCUAUCGGGCUCCGCAUCCCACUCCCGCCCUCCUGGAAAGACAAUCCCCGGGACAGCGGGGAGGGCGACACAACCAGCCUGCGCCUGCUCUGCAGCGUUAUCGGAGGCACAGACCGAGCACAGUGGGAAGAUAUCACAGGAACCACAAAGCUGGUCUAUGCCAACGAGUGUGCCAACUUCACCACCAACGUGUCUGCCAGGUUCUGGCUGGCGGAUUGCCCGCGCACAGCCGAGGCCGUCCAUUUUGCCACCAUGCUGUACAAGGAGCUGACGGCCGUGCCCUACAUGGCCAAGUUCGUGGUGUUUGCCAAGAUGAACAAUGCACGGGAGGGGCGACUGCGCUGCUACUGCAUAACCGACGACAAGGUGGACAAGACCCUGGAGCAGCACGAGAACUUCCAUGAAGUGGCCCGCAGCAGGGACAUCGAGGUGCUGGAGGGUAUGCCUCUGCAUGUUGAGCUCUCGGGGAACCUGGUGCCUGUCAAGAAGGCCACGCAACAGCGCAGCUUCCACUUCCAGUCCUUCCAGGAGAACCGGCUGGCCAUCCCCGUCAAGGUGCGGGACAGCAGCCGGGAGGCAGGUGGAUCUCUCUCCUUCCUGCGCAAGGCCAUGAAGUACGAGGACUUGCAGCAUAGCCUGUGCCACCUGAACAUCACCAUGCCGCCAUGCACCAAGGGGACUGGCAGUGAGGAGCGAAGGAGGACUCUGACACCGUUGGCUCUGCGAGAGAGAUACAGCAUCCUCAGUGAGAGCACUCUGGGCUCUCUCAGCGGCACGGAGAAGGCUGACGAGAAGAUGGCUGUUAUCUCGGAGCAACUGGGCCUCAGCUGGGCUGAGCUGGCCCGGGAGCUGCAGUUUGGGGUGGACGAUAUCAACAGGAUCCGAGUGGAGAACCCCAACUCCCUGCUGGAGCAGAGCGUGGCCCUGCUCAACCUGUGGGUCAGCCGUGAGGGCAAGAAUGCCAAGAGUGGGUAUUUGCCUCCUUCUGCAGGGGCGAGGGCACAGCUAGCCCCCCAAGGUUCCACAGUGGAGAAUCUGUACACGGCCCUGAGGAGCAUCGACCGCAGUGAGAUUGUCAACAUGCUGGAGGGCUCGGGCCGGCAGAGCCGCAGCCUGAAGGGCAACCGGAGUUACACUGACAAGGACUAUUCCCUCUCUCCCUCCCAGAUGAAUGGUUACACUUCGCUGCAGGAUGAGCUCCUCUCUCCUGCCUCCCUGCAGUACACGCCGCCGUCCCCGCUGCGUGCAGAUCAGUACUGGAACGAGGUGGCCAUCCUGGAUGCCAUCCCCAUGGCCUCCACCGAGCAGGACGCCCUGCUGGAGCUGUCUGACAUGCAGGUGUGGUCCUCGGGGCUCACCCCCUCGCUGGUGACUGCUGAAGACUCCUCCCUGGAGUGCAGCAAGGCCGAGGACUCGGACGCCGUGAGUGAAGGCCGCUUCCUGGGGCAGCUGCUGGAUGACGCGCACGGCCCGAACCACCUGGGCUCACUGGAUCUGGCUGAGGACGACACAGUGGAUUCAGAUGCCAUGAAUGGCCUUAUCGACCUGCUGGAGCAGGAGGACGGUCAGAGGUCAGAGGUGAAACGGCCAGCGUGUGAGCGCCAGGCUGGGCUGGCGGGGGAGCAGGGCUCGGAGGAUGAAGUCUCUUUUGUUUCAGGCCAGCAGAGGGUGCAGGCCAGGAUCCUGGAGUCGCCAACUGUGAGCCAAGUCGCAGAGAGGAGCAAGGGCAGGCUGAGGGACUGGAAUGCAGAAGGCUGCUUUGUCUCCUGCCUACAGGACCUGCCUGAGGGCUCCUGGCAGGAGGGGGUCCCCAGAAGCCCACGUCUGCUGCCCAGAGCGGCCCCUGGUGCAGCCCCCCAGGGGAGGGGCCAGGAGCAGGUUCUGGGGCCCCCAGCCGAGCGUCUGCGAAUCGACCCCCCCGAGGAGAGCGACUGGCAGCCCCAGCACACGAGGAGCCAGGACUAUAGCCAGUGGCUGGAGGCGGAUAGCAGCUUCUUCAGGCAAACAAGGGGCGAUCAGGUUCAGGAUAUUCCGGGGGAGCAGGUGACCGAGGAGCAAUUCACUGACGAACAAGGCAACGUUGUCACCAAGAAGAUCAUCCGGAAGGUGGUGCGGCGGAUUAGCACGGGCGACGAGGAGAAGGAGGUGAUUCUUGAGGGCUCUCUGCAGGAGCCCCAGGAGCUGGAAGCUGAGGCAGAUCACUUAAUGAAAUAUGCCAUCCUGCAUCAGGACAAUCUGAGCACCAAGGAGGAGGCGCGAGGGCACGUCCCAGAAUCGGAGCUGAUCAGGGGCAGGAUGGGGGCUUACAUAGUGAAACGAGCCAGCCUGAAAAGAGGAAAGCAGUGACCCCCCCCAGGGCCUCUUCUGAGGAUCUCACCUCCACCCCGAACCACUGAACUGCAGCCAGGUGUGGCCAGCCCCACGAGGAGAGGUGAGGCGAGAGCGGACAGGCGACGGGAGCAGGGCUGGCUGGACACAUUGCUCUAGGCUAAUGGCACGAUUUCUGUAAGAGACUUUCUUCCCGUCCUAGUCGCAUGAUUGACUGACUGCCAACGCAUGAGCCACAGUUCCUACUACGGACGGGGACCCCAGGAGCCAGCAGCACCCGGGGCAGCGUUUCCCUGGCAGCGACAGGACUCUGCUGCGUGCACCCUGACUUCGGACGGAGGCUGCGGCUAUGAAGGGCUGCCCAGGGCAGGGGCGUCAGCUCCCACCUAUCCCUCACGUUGUCCCUUGGCUGGGUUUUGCUGCUUCAUCCCCUUCCAAGGGGUGUGUCAGGAGGGGGGAUGUCAGAGCCUAAGGGGGCUGCGGGGGAGGGCCGAAUUGCAGCUCUUGAGGGGGCGCCCCUGGCAAGGGCAGGGGCAGGGGAUUGGCUCGUGGCUGCCCUGCCCCUGUCUCUCCAGGAGCUUCCCCCAGUGUGAGUGUGCAGCUCCCAGCAGCACUGAGCUCCUUGCUUGUGUUGAAAGUGUAAACUGUACAGUACUCAGCCUUGUGUAUAUGAACAAACCAAUACUAUGCAAUGCCCGAGGGCACACAGCCAUGUGCAGAGUGCUGCCCGCUCAGUGCCCGCAUACCUCGCCGGCUGUAGGACAGGGAUGGCCCCUCAGCCCCUGUCAGGGAGGAGCUCUGGCCAAUGCAGGUGGGAAGCUGGAGGUGUCAGAGGGCAACAGAGCAAAACCUCCCACUGUCAGCCUGGCACUUUUACUCCCCUUGGCCUUGUUCGUUUCCUGACACCCACCUGGGGCCAGGCAGGGGGCCAGGGCACCUGUGCCAGCCCCUGCCCACUUUGGUUACAGAUGAGGUAGAGCUGAGGGCCUCCCACCAGGCCCUGGCACGGGCUGGGCAGGUAGCAAGCACUGGCACAGCCCAGCACCUGCCUCAGCCCAUGCUUCGCUCUACCCAGCACAAUGGCUCUUCAGGAUAGAUGCAAGGAAACAGCAGUGGGGUUUGCACCCCUGUCCUCUGCACCAUUCAUGAGGCCCUCCAGGGUCCCGUGGCCUCUCUGAAAGGCCAAAAUCAGCACAGCCCCCGUGUCCCCUCACCCUUCCAGGACCAACCCCCAGUGCCCAGGGCAAAGGAGGCCUAUCACAGCAGCUGUCCCAGGCUCUUGCACUGCGUCGGCACCACAAACCCUACUGCUGCAGUCCGGCGGUAGCAGACAGGGUCACCCUGAGACCUGGAGUCUCAGCCCCGGGCGCCUUAAUGGGGGCCAGCAGAGCUCUGUCCCAGGCUGGCCUCUUGGCUCAGCUGUUCCUGCCAACAGCUCUGUCCUGGCAGGAGGCCGGGGGUGGGAUGGGGAGCCAGCUACCUGGGCUAUUUAAAGGCGCUCAGUAGAUGAAACCUGUUGUGACGUGUGACCCCAGGUGGGCUGGUAAUAGGAAGGGGGUGCUGGCUGCCAUGUCCCUCACCUCCCCUAAGGGUGCAGGAAGGAGCCAGACAGAAACAAUUGGACUUGCGCUUUCCCCAGGAAGUCGCCAUGGCCCCAUCUCAAAGGGGCUGACGUGUUUCCCGGUGGCAACACCCAGGCCGAGCCCACCACUGGAGCCAGGCUGCAGCCACCAUGCCCAGCAGGCCUUGGCUGGUGGGCAUGUCUAGUAGAAAAGCCCUCUGCUCCCCUGCAGGCUGAGGCGGUGGGGUAGCUGCAGAGACGCGACUAGGCCAGCCUUCUCCUCAGAGAGCAACAAACCACGUAGGGUGCAGACCUUCCAUCCAUAACCCUCCGCUCUGUAACAUAAUGUCCCUAGAAUGGCUGACUCUGAUAGCAUCUCCGUAGAGUCUAGUGCGGGCCCCCUGCUUUGGCCUCUAUACUCCGUCGGGAAUGCUCCACUGCACUCGGCCGGCCCCACGGGAGCCGCUGCUUCGCGCUCGAUUGCUAGUAGGAGCUGGUAGGGGCGGGGGCACGCUCGACAUGCCUAGAGAAUGCUGCAGGCUGUGCACUAGAUGCUUUUUAGAAGUUUUAAAAUAAUUUUAUUUCCUUUUUUUACUGUUAUGACAAUGAGCCUUUUGGCUCUCCCUGCCCCCCAUCUUAGCCUCUGAUGUAUAGAUCAUUCUCCCUGUACACCAGCUACCAGACUACAACUUAAUAAAGAAACCAACACAA